AAAACGCGCGUCCGCGGAGGGACAUGGAGCGGCUCCGGCGCGUGGGACUCACCGCGCUCCUCCUGUGCGCAGUGGUGAACAGUAAGGUGAUCCUAGAGGGUCUGCAGAGGUACGGCCCGACGCCGAUCUAUCUGCCUGUCAGCUACCGGAUUCUCAAUGCUGAGUCGGCGUUCUUCUUGCAGGAGGCAAACCAGGACUUAAUGAGGAACUCCAGCCUCCAGGCCCGGACCGAGUCCUUCUUUAUUCACCAGGCGCGGCAGAUGCCUUUCAUCAACGCCAGCUACGGCCCGCUGUCCGUCCAGCAGCCGGUCCCUCUGGAGCUGCUGCAGACGCUGCCGGGACCGUUUAACGCGCCCUCCUUCGUUUCGCCGACGGCGCCGACAGUGGCGUCGUCCUCGCCCCUUUUCACAUUCAACUGGAAGGUCCACACCUACAUAAUCAGCGAGCGGAUCCACCCCAGCUGGCCAAAGGUUCAGGUGUUGUUCUACGUAGCGGGCAGAGACUGGGACGACUACAGCGCCAUCCACAAGCUCCCCUGCGUCCGGAUGUUUGCCUUUCAUGAGACGCAGGAGGUGCGCGGGACGUGCAGGCUAAAGGGCGAGCUGGGGAUCUGCGUGGCCGAGCUGGAGCCGCUGGCCAGCUGGUUCAGUCCGCCCACAGUGAGGCCCGGCAGGCAGAGGGUCUCCGAGCAGGCCCAGGGAACCCCCGUGGAACUCUACUACAUGGUCCAGACCACGGACAGCGGAGAAUGCAGCUCAGAGGACUCCAGGAAAGGCGGCUCGGUGCGCACGGACCAGCAGAGGCCCAUGGGCUACUUCGCAGGGCACACGCCAAUGCAGCGCAUCGGGAGCGUCCGGCUGUUCCAGCCGCUGUCGGAGCUGAAGCUGGACAAUAACUUUGUGGUGAUGGUGCCCUCCAAACCCAUCCGGCAAAGGGAGACCGUCUCAACGUUUCUGGCUCUGUCCACGCUGUCUUCAGUGCAAAUUUUCACCCUCAGGGUCAGGCUGAAGGACGGCGUGGCAUUUCUGGGGGCCCGAGCCAGUAACCCAGUUAUGUGGACGGUGAGUCAGGAUGUCAGGAGCGAAGGUCACCGGGUCGUCACCCUGCACUGUCACAGGAAGGAGAACAGCUUCAGCCAAAGAGUGGAGGCAGUGGGAUACCAGCGAGUGUUGCAGGUAGACCUGGAGGUGAAUGGGCUGAUGGGGACUCAGGGAGGCAGAGAGGUGACAUGGCAAGUGGAGUAUCCGCUCACCCGCACCCUGACCAAUGAGGUGCAGACAGUGAUCCGCCUGGCGCCGCAGGACCUGGGCGGCAUCGUGCCACUCGCCAUGGAGACGGAGAUUCUCAACACGGCCGUCCUCACCGGCCGCACGGUCGCCGUUCCGGUGAAAGUAGUGACCGUCGGGACGGACGGAGCGGUUUCCGACGUGACCGAGUCGGUGGAGUGCAAGUCGACGGAUGAGCAGGUCAUCAAGGUGUCGGAGCGCUGCGACUACGUGUACGUCAACGGAAAGGAGACGAGGGGGAAGACCCGGGUGUCCCUCAACUUCACUUACAGUUUUCUGAGCGCGCAGCUGGAGAUGAGCGUCUGGAUGCCCCGUCUGCCGCUGGUCAUCGACGUGGCCGACCCCGAGCUCAGCCAGAUCAAGGGCUGGAGGGUUCCCGUUAAUACAAACCGGAGGUACGAGAGGGUCACCGAUGACAAGGAUGGAGCGAACGCAGCCGAUGAGAGGACCGAGAACGCCUGCGUGGCCCAGUACCAGAGCACCACCCUGCGCGUCCUCACGCACUUCAUGGCAGAUGUGGGGGAAACGAGAGGCUCCAUGGAGGACGACGGGCUCGGCCAGCCAAACUUCCUGCUGGGCACUGACUGGCAGGUCGACGUGACGCAACUGGUGAAGGAAUCUCUGAGGGUGAAUGACCCGAAGAUCGCCCAGCUGCUGGAGGGCCAGGUGCUGAUCGGGCAGAGCGCCGGAGCCACCAAGCUGCAGGUUCUGUCUCCUCUGACAUCUUUGGUUCUGGGUGAGAGGAGCAUCAGGGUGCUGGAUGAUAAAGUGAGCAUAACGGAGCUGGGGGUGCAGCUGGUGUCGGGGUUGUCGCUGUCGCUGCAGCUCAGUCCGGGGAGCAACAGGGCCAUCGUCGCCACUGCUACAACGCAGGAAGUGAUUGAGUCACUCAAACAGGAGUCCCUGAUCAGUGCUUGGCUCCAGUUCAGCGAUGGAUCCAUGACUCCCCUGGACAACUACAACCCCGCUCAUUUCACCCUGUCAGCCUCUUCUUUGGACGAACAGGUUGUGGCCGUGCAGCAGAGCUCAGCAUGGAAAUGGCCCAUCAUUGUUGCCAAGGGUGAAGGUCAGGGUUUACUUGUUCGUGUUGAAAUGGGCCAAUCGGAAGUGUGCCAGAAGGGCAAGCGGCGUGCUAUUCUAGCCACUGGCAUGGUGAACAUCAACGUGAGGUUUGGUCAGUCGGAGGAGCAGUAUCGAAAACCAGGAGACCGGCGAACACGACCUGACCCUCCUUAUUACGGCGGAUCUAUCUCCGAUAUGGAAACGGGGUUGAUUAACCGUGGAGCCACUACUAUAAGAGGCCAAGUUCCGGGGAGGCCCAACGGUGGGCGUCUGUCGGCAGACAGUGGGGCAAGGACCCCAAAUCAAUUCUCCGAAUAUCCCGGUCAGGCAGAGUUGCCACGGAGCCGCAGCACAGAUGAGGACCUGUCGCCAUCCCGGCGAGGAUUGACGGACCUGGAGAUCGGUAUGUACGCCCUGCUGGGAGUCUUCUGCCUGGCCAUCCUUGUCUUUCUGAUCAACUGCAUCUCGUAUGCAUACAAGUACCGCAGCAAGCAGCUCUCGCUGGAGGCUCCGGAGGCGAUGCCCCACGCUCACGACUGGGUUUGGCUCGGCCAGGAGGAAGGGCUCUGUCUGCAGCAGCAGCAGCAGGACGAGCUGGGCGGGGCCCUGGAGGAAGGCAGCCAGCUGUUAAAUGGAGGCAUCCAGCGCGGCACGUCGGGCGGAGGAGGUUGUAGCGGGAGGGAUCACAGGAACGAGUCACUCAACUCUCCCACGACUAAGAGAAAGAGGGUGAAGUUCACCACUUUUUCCAAUGUCAAGUCCACUAAUGGAUGUCCUGUGCUCAGCCCAUUAGCACUCGUGCAGACCAGCGAGAUAAAAUGGGUAUGUCCAGACAUUGAACUUGGGGACUCAAAGGAUCUUAGGAACUACAUGGAAAAGCUUAAUGAGAAUGCAAUUAAGAACAUUGCGUAGGGGACACUGGGUGUUUUCAAUGAACUAAAGAGAAACUCACCUGAAUGCCUUGAGAACAGAGGGACGGAGGGAGAAAAGGAAAGAGCGGAAUAAGUGGUGAGGAAAGAAAAGCGGACCGAGCCCGUUGUUAGACUGUACACCUCACCAUAACAACAGGAUGGUGCAUUCAGCCACUGAUGUUUCCAUGGCAGUACUCCGAGCGGGUCAAGAGAUGGACCACAAUAAGACAUGCUUUGCCACGACACCACAGCGUAGUUACACGAAGGGGGUAAUGUGAAAACGGUAUUGUUGCUUAAUUUAAUUGUAUGUUGGUUGUCCUGAGUU